AUGAGGCGCGGGGGCCCCGCUGCCAUCGCCGCCUGUCUCGCCGGGGCUCUCGCUGUGCUGGCGGGACCGGGGCCGGGCAGUACCACCGGGACCGGCCGGCGACCCCCUCGCAGCUACGGGCACCUGGAGGGCGACGUGCGCUGGCGGCGACUCUUCUCCGCCACCCGCUUCUUCCUGCGCAUCGACAGCGGCGGCGGCGUGGAGGGGACGCGCUGGAGGGAGCGGCCGGGCAGCAUCGUCGAGAUCCGGUCGGUGCGUGUCGGCGUCGUGGCCAUCCGGGCGGUGCACACCGGCUUCUACCUGGCCAUGAACAAGCGGGGGAGGCUCUACGGGUCGAAGGAGUUCAGCCCCAACUGCAAGUUCACAGAGCGCAUCGAGGAGAACGGCUACAACACCUACGCGUCGCUGCGCUGGCGGCACUGCGGCCGCCCCAUGUUCCUCUCCCUCAACAGCAAGGGCAGGCCACAGCGAGGGGGCAAGACACGCCGGCAGCACCUCUCCACACACUUCCUCCCCAUGCUUGUUGACUGAGCGCCACGAGCAGCUCCGGACAGUCCUGUAGGAAAAAAAACAAGAAAGGAUUCUUUUAUUUAUGUACAUAUCUAUUUUUUGCUAUUUAUUGCUUUAUUUUUAAUGCACGGUGGAGGAUGGAUGCAGAAGGCAGAUGCUCCAGACUUGGCUUUGCAGGGCUGGGGCUGUCCCGCCAUCCCGCUGGGGCAGAGCUGGCGUGGCACAGCUGGGGAGUGUGGCCACUGCAUGCCAGGGCCAAGGGCGUGCCUGGAGCAGGGCCUGGGGUCUGCUAAUGGUAUCUCUGCAGGGCUGGGAUGUACCAGCUGGUUGUCUGUGUCCGAGCACCCAUGGCAAUUAAAGCUGUGUUCAUGGUAUGGAA